UUGGAUAUUCCUUGUUUUUGUUCUUCUUGAAUAGUACUUUUUUUUCAAAUUUAAAACUUGAUGCUAUAACUGUGAAACCUAAUUCCGGAGUUUUCCUGUUCCUAAUAGGAGUACAAGAUAAAGAAUUAUGAAUUCUAAUUCAAACUGCGCCAAUAUACAUAUUUCUAAGAUACACCGUACAUUCUAGCCCGAUAAUUAUAAACCAAUAACUCGAUUUCAUUUCCAGAGAUGUUGUCUACUUUUUGUUGUUUAUUCCCAGUGAAGUUAUUCUCUGUUUUUAAUGUUUAAAGUUCAAUGUCUUAAAAACAACAUGUACUUGUAAUUGUGAUAGUUUUAUGUAUUACACGCUUAUCAAGAACCAUCUGUUUCAUUUUUGAGGUUUUAAGUUCCAUCCAAGUAAUUCAGAAUUAAGUUUUAGCAAGAGUAUUAAACUCCAUAAUUUUUAUUUGUUGACGUAUACUCUAGUCAUUUCUUAUCUUUAAGAGAGAAAAAUAAGUAUGAUGGUCUAUGAAUUAUGAUUUUGGCUUCAUGAUCAGCAUAAAAAGAUAUAUAUAAAGAAAUCUCAAGCCAGAAUGAUUUACGGAAAGUAGCGUUGCAUCUAAUUUUGCAUGCUAGUACACAUCCACAUUUGCAUGACCUAUCUGGCUGAAUCCCAUUUGUUGACCUGUGUUCCAACAAUGUUCUUGUGGUAACUGAUGGAAGGAGAGAGAUAAUUGGCAUGUGUGAGAAGUGACAACAAUUACUUUCAUGGUCAGUCAACACUCAAAAUCUAACACUUAAAAAGAUUUCAGUUGCAAAAUCAUGUCCUCUUAUGGUAGGUGUUAUACUAAGGUCACUAAUUAGAGUAUAGAAAGGAUCUAUUUUUGUAAAUGUUCAGUAAUGGUUCAUGUGAAAUUCUUGGCUAGAGGAAUUGUUAUCAUAUACGACAAUAUUUUUCAUAAGAAAGGGCCAUUGCGAAUUUGCGAUACUUGUGCUAUUGGUGUAAUACUAUAAAUAUGGUGACACUUCUACAAUCGAUACGAGCUAAUUUUGUGUAGGAAGUAAAUGGGAGCUCACUCCCAGAUAAGAAGCCCACUGUAGUUUUUGUUCUAGGUGGCCCUGGCAGUGGUAAAGGCACACAAUGUGCAAAUAUUGUUCAACAUUUUGGUUAUACUCACCUUAGUGCUGGUGAUCUUCUCCGAGCAGAGCAAAAUUCCGGUUCUGAAAAUGGGUCUUGCAAUUAAACUUUUAUUCACCAAAUACUUUGUGAAACUCCAAGGAUAUCGGGAAAUGAUUAAGAACAUGAUUAAGGAUGGGCAAAUCGUACCCUCAGAGGUAACAGUCAAGCUUCUCCUGCGGGCAAUGGAGGAAAGUGGAAAUGACAAAUUUCUUAUUGAUGGUUUUCCUCGUAAUGAGGAGAAUCGUGCAGCCUUUGAGUCUGUUACUGGAAUUGAGCCUGAAUUUGUACUUUUCUUUGAUUGUCCAGAGGAGGAAAUGGAGAAGCGUGUGCUGAAUAGAAACCAGGGUAGAGCUGAUGAUAACAUUGAGUCAAUAAGGAAGAGAUUUAAGGUGUAUACACAGUCUAGCCUUCCAGUGAUUGAAUACUACGAUUCCAAAGGCAAGGUUCGAAAGAUUGAUGCUUCCAAACCAGUUGAAGAAGUUUUUGAGGCAGUCAAAGAAUUCUUCACCUCACUUGAUGAUAAGGUAAAACACCACCGUGAUGUUUUUGGGAGAUUUAUGAGGAGAAAGAAAUUUAGAAAUGGUGCAAAAAAAUGCAGUUGGAUGCGAUGCUUAUUGCCUUAUCGAGCUUUAGAAAUUUAGAAUAAUAUGUAUAUAUGUAUCGAGCUUUUGUUUUGUGUUACUUAUCUAUGUAACAAAUAUGAACAAAAGCCAAGUCUUUGGUGUAUUGAUCUAGGGUUAUUGCACACCACACCAGUGUAGACAUAUGCAAAUAUUUUCCAUCCUUUCAAAUGAUGAAUGGAAAUAUGUGAGGGACGAA